CCCGGGUCCUCAAUCCGAUCCUCCCCUUCCUCCCGGAGCGCUUUUGAAGAGGCUUUUCCCAACUUUCCAGAAGUUUCUUCCCGACCCCUUAUAUACCCCAGUCCGCGGGACCCGGAGGUGCACAGGGAGCCGCGCAGGGCAGCGCCCCAGCCCGCAGGUCCUCAGAGGCGUCGGGUGCUGCUGAAGCCAUGUGGAUUAUCCUGGUCCUUGCUCUCUGCGGCCUCGCUGCUGCCGUGCCCUCGGAGGACAGGAAGCUGAGCGACAAGGCAACAACACUGGCUGACCGCAGCACCACUCUGGCCUUCAACCUCUACCAUGCCAUGGCGAAGGACAAGGACAUGGAGAACAUCCUCCUGUCCCCCGUGGUCGUGGCCUCUUCCCUUGGCCUCGUGUCUCUUGGGGGCAAGGCCACAACUGCAUCCCAAGCCAAGGCGGUGCUCAGUGCGGACAAGCUCAACGAUGACUAUGUCCACAGUGGGUUAUCCGAGCUCCUGAAUGAGGUGAGCAACAGCACAGCCCGGAAUGUCACCUGGAAGAUCGGGAACCGCUUGUAUGGCCCGGCCUCCAUCACCUUUGCUGAUGACUUUGUGAAGAACAGCAAGAAACACUACAACUACGAGCACUCCAAGAUCAACUUCCGAGACAAGAGGAGCGCCCUGAAAUCCAUUAAUGAGUGGGCAGCCCAGACCACGGAUGGGAAGCUCCCAGAGGUCACCAAGGAUGUGGAGAAGACUGAUGGAGCCCUCAUUGUCAAUGCCAUGUUCUUCAAGCCUCACUGGGAUGAGAAGUUCCAUCAUAAGAUGGUGGACAACCGUGGCUUCAUGGUGUCCCGUUCCUACACCGUUGGGGUCCCCAUGAUGCACCGUACAGGUCUCUACAAUUACUAUGAUGAUGAGACAGAGAAGCUCCAGGUGGUGGAGAUGCCACUGGCUCACAAGCUCUCCAGCAUGAUCUUCAUCAUGCCCAACCAUGUGGAGCCUCUGGAGAGGGUUGAGAAGCUGCUGAACAGGGAGCAGCUGAAGACCUGGGCUGGCAAGAUGAAGAAGAGAUCAGUGGCCAUCUCACUGCCUAAAGUUGUCCUGGAAGUCAGCCACGACCUUCAGAAACACUUGGCUGAUCUGGGUCUGACAGAAGCCAUUGACAAAACCAAGGCUGACUUAUCAAAGAUCUCUGGCAAGAAAGAUCUUUACCUGUCCAAUGUCUUCCAUGCUGCUGCUCUGGAAUGGGACACGGAAGGGAACCCAUACGAUGCUGACAUCUAUGGCCGAGAGGAGAUGAGGAACCCCAAGCUCUUCUAUGCUGACCACCCCUUCAUCUUCAUGAUCAAGGACAGUAAAACCAACUCCAUCCUCUUCAUUGGCAGGCUCGUGAGGCCCAAAGGAGACAAGAUGCGUGAUGAGUUGUAGUUGGGUUGGGUUGGGUUUAUCCCCAAGAGCUUUGGUUUGUGUGUUUUUUAGUGGGGGGAUUUCAAAAAAGGGGAAACACUA